UUACGUAGCACUCGUCAUGUAAACAGUAUUUGCCCCGCCUGGGUCGAGGGUGAAAUAUUUUCCGAUACGGUAAAGUCGAAUCUGAAAAAAUCUUGACAAUUCUCAAAUGGAAAACAAAACUUCUGCGUUCUCGCUGCCGGAACCGGCUCUCUCGCUGGUAUCCGGAGGCAUAGCGGGAGCACUAUCACGGACUGCGGUAUCGCCUAUAGAGCGUGUCAAGGUUUUGCAGCAGGUCCAGGGAUCAACAAAUUCGUACCAAGGUGUUUUCGGCUCGGUGCAUCAGAUAUGGCGAGAGGAAGGAUACAGGGGGCUGUAUCGAGGAAAUGGCAUCAACUGCAUUCGCGUGUUUCCCUACUCUGCUGUACAGUACGCGUCGUACCAACGCAUGAAGCGGUUUCUAGCCCGGCCAGACGGCAGUCUCAGCACAGAAAGCAGACUGGUGGCCGGGACGGUUGCCGGAUUUUUGUCGGUUUUGGUGUCGUAUCCGAUGGAUCUGGUGAAGACGAGGCUCUCUGUCCAGACGGCGCAGCUCAGAAACCUUAAGAGCCGCGCCCCGAUCGAGAAGCCGCCCGGGAUGUGGCAGAGUCUCGUGAAUAUUUAUCGCAACGAGGGAGGUAUACCUGCGCUUUACCGAGGAAUUAUGCCGACCUCGUGGGGUGUGGCGCCCUACACGGCUCUUAACUUCACAAUGUACGAGAGCAUGAAGGAGCUGGUGCCGGAACAACACCGCAAAAACCCUGCCAUCGCGCUCACUCUUGGGGCCAUCAGCGGCGGGGUGGGGCAGACUAUAAUUUAUCCGAUGGACGUUUUGCGUAGGAGGUUCCAAGUGGCGACGCUGGGGGGUGGAGAAAUGGGAUUCCAGUACAAGUCGACAGUGGAUGCGUUGGUGCAAAUCGUGCGCAAGGAAGGGUACAAAGGACUGUACAAAGGGCUGCCAGCAAACAUCUGGAAGAUCUGCCCGUCGAUGGCUGUGCAGUGGAUGAGUUACGAUCUGAUAAGAAAUUUGCUACAGUAGUUGGGCAAAAAGAAAUACAGGCCAACGGGCCAGCCAGGAGCGACGUGAUAAAUGUGUAUUUUUUUUUUACCGAGAACAAUCACAGGGGUGGCUGCACCGCCCUGUUUUGUGGCCCUCGAUAAGCUCUGUACACAAUAGGUCGGUAGUACAAGAG